AUGACCGUGCAACAUCCCUGGUGGAAAGAAUCAACCGUAUACCAAAUCUGGCCUGCCUCUUACAAGGACUCCAAAGGCGAUGGUGUGGGAGACAUUCCAGGUAUCAUCUCAACCUUGGACCACAUCAAGAGCCUCGGAGUGGACGUGAUCUGGUUGAGUCCCAUGUACGACUCGCCCCAAGAUGACAUGGGCUACGACAUUUCCGACUACGAGAACGUCUACCCCAAGUACGGAACUGUGGACGACAUGCAGAAGUUGAUUGAUGAGACCCAUGCUCGUGGCAUGAAGUUGAUUUUGGACUUGGUCAUCAACCACACCUCCACCGAGCACAAGUGGUUCAAGGAGUCCAAAUCUUCCAAGACCAACCCCAAGAGAGACUGGUACAUCUGGAAGCCUGCCAGAUACGACGCCGACGGUAACAGACAGCCUCCUACUAACUGGGGCUCGUACUUCUCAGGCUCCACCUGGACCUACGACGAAACCACCGACGAAUACUACUUGCACUUGUUCGCUGAGUCUCAGCCAGAUUUGAACUGGGAAAACGAAGAGACCAGAAAUGCAAUCUACAAGUCUGCGUUGACCUUCUGGUACGAGAAGGGAGUCGAUGGGUUCAGAAUCGACACUGCUGGUAUGUACUCCAAGGUGCAAAGCUACCCAGAUGCUCCUAUCGAGUUCCCAGACUCGCCAUACCAACCUUGCAAGAUGUUCCACCAAAGUGGACCAAGAAUCCACGAGUUCCACAAGGAGAUGUUCGAAAAGGUCACCUCCAAGUACGACGCCAUGACCGUCGGUGAAGUGGGCCACUCUACCCGUGAAGACGCCUUGAAGUACGUCUCGGCCAAGGAAAAGGAAAUGAACAUGAUGUUCUUGUUCGACGUUGUUGAGGUUGGCUCCAACCCAUCCGACAGAUUCCGUUACGAAGGUUUCACUUUGAGCGACUUCAAGAAGGCGUUCGAAAGCCAAGGCUCCUUCAUUGAAGGAACCGAUGCAUGGUCAACUGUUUUCACUGAAAACCACGAUCAACCAAGAUCCAUCACCAGAUUCGGUAACGACUCUAGCGAGUUCAGAGUCAUCUCCGGUAAGGCAUUGGCCUUGUUGCAAUCUACCUUGACCGGAACUGGUUUCAUCUAUCAGGGACAGGAAAUUGGUAUGGUCAACUUACCAAGAGAAUGGUCCAUUGACGAGUACCAAGACAUCAACACUGUCAACUACGUCAGAGAAUUCAAGCAGAAGUACGGUAACGAUGCUGACUACAACAAGAAGUUCGAGAAGCUCAUGGACAGCAUCAACUUGGUUGCAAGAGACCACGCUAGAUCCCCAGUCCAAUGGGACGACUCUGCCAAUGGUGGUUUCACCAGCGGAACUCCAUGGACCAGAGUUCACGACAACUACAAGGAGAUCAACGUCAAGUCUCAAACCAACGAUCCAAACUCCUUGCUCUCCUUCUGGAAGAAGGCCUUGAAAUUCAGAAAGGAAUACAAGGACUUGUUCAUCCACGGUCUUUUCAGAAUCCUCGAUGUUGGAAACAAGGAAACUUUCUCCUUCUUGAAGGUGAACGGUGACCAAAGUGCCUUCAUCACUAUCAACUUCUCUGACAAGCCUCAGAAGUUCGUUAACCACACCGAAAAGAAGCUCGAGUACAUUUACGGUAAUGUUGACAACUACAACGAAGAUGAAUUGGCUCCAUACGAAGCCAGAGCAUACCUUACUAAGUAA